AUUAUGCUGCUUGAACUAGUCCUGGUUCUGGGGGCAGUCAUCACCUACUUCUUACUUACCAAGAAGAAAGAAGAGACAUUACACUUCAAAGAUGGAUGGUGGGGCAAGGGACAAAAGCCUGUCAUUGAAGAAAAUACAACUAUUUGGCCAUUUAAGGUGGAAACUACAGAAGAAGAACUGAGCGACUUAUUUAGGAGACUUGACCAGGCUCGAUUCACUGAGCCACUGGAGAACAGUUGCUUCCAUUAUGGGACUAACUCAGCGUAUCUCAAGAAGGUUGUCUCCUACUGGAAAAACCAGUUCAACUGGAAGAAACAAGUUGAAGUCCUCAACAAAUACCCACAAUUCAAAACUAAGAUUCAAGGCAUUGAUAUCCAUUUUGUUCAUGUAAAGCCUCCUCGUUUGCCUGAAGGCCGGUCUGCAAAGCCAUUAUUAAUGGUUCAUGGUUGGCCUGGCUCAUUUUACGAGUUUUACAAAAUCAUUCCUCUCCUGACGGAUCCUGCCAGCCAUGGCCUCAGUGAUGAACACAUUUUUGAAGUCAUUUGCCCAUCUAUCCCUGGUUAUGGUUUCUCAGAAGCACCCCACAAAAAAGACUUUAAUUCCGUAAGUGCUGCUUCUGUUUUUUAUGAAUUGAUGCUCAGACUGGGAUUCAACGAGUUCUACACACAAGGUGGUGACUGGGGCUGGCUCAUCUGCACCAAUCUGGCCCAGAUAGCUCCCAACCAUGUGAAAGGUCUCCAUUUAAAUCUAGCCUCAGUUACGAACGUGGGAUUCACUCACCUGCUCUCCAUUCUGCUGGGCCGCUAUCUUCCAGGGCUCUUCGGUUUCCAGGAUGAAGAUGUCAGGCGGAUGUUUCCCUUCUUGCAAAAAGGGGUCUACAGGAUCUUGUUGGAGUCUGGCUAUGCUCACAUACAGGCUACAAAGCCCGAUACUGUUGGCUGUGGUUUGAAUGACUCUCCUGUAGGACUGGCUGCAUACAUCUUGGAGAAGUUUUCUACAUGGACUGAUCUGGAAUUCCGUGACUUAGAGGAUGGAGGACUAGAGAGGAAGUUUAACCUGGAUGACCUGCUCACCAAUAUCAUGAUCUACUGGGUGUCAGGCUGUAUAGUCUCCUCAAUGCGUUUCUACAAAGAAAACUUGCAGAAUCGGAUAGGCUCACAGAAACAUGAAAGGAUUGCAGUACAAGUACCUACUGGCAUUGCCUCCUUCCCUAAUGAAGUCAUGCACACACCCCAGGCUUGGGCCCAGAAGAAAUACACCAACAUAGUUUCCUUCCAUUUCAUGCCUCGAGGUGGCCACUUUGCAGCUUUGGAGGAACCUGAACUUCUUGCUGAAGAUAUUCUGCAAUUUGUUGGAAAAGUAGAGAAAGAGCAACUUUGGAGAAAGAAAGGAGAAUAACUCCCCUAACAAACAGCAGGGUAAUUGCUUAUAGCUUAGCAUGUGUACAGGCCUUACUAAGUCUACUGUAAUCCAUGUAAUUAGAUAUUAUUCUUGACCAGGUAUGAGAGAGGACAGCGAGAAA